GUAAAUCCUCUCUCUCCCUCUCUCUCUCUCUCUCUACUAUGUGUGUUUUGCGCAGAUGUCCAAUUGUCCAUGAAAGUGUCGAACCCUAUCUUUAACAACCGGGCCAUCCAACUCUUACAACAAUGCAAAACCCUAGACACCCUCUCACAAGUCCAUGCCCAAAUGAUCACAACUGGUCUAAUCCUCCAUACCUACCCACUCAGUCGCAUCCUCCUCUUAUCCACCACUCUAGCCUCCUCCUUAUCCUACACCCUCACAAUCUUCAACCAAGCUCUUAACCCAUCAAUCUUCCUCUUCAACACCCUCAUCUCGUCCCUCACCAAGAGCCUCCACAAACAAAAACACCACACCCACAUUGCCUUCUCUCUCUACACUCGCAUUCUCACUCACACCACCCUCAGACCCAACAAUUACACCUACCCAUCUCUCUUCAAGGCCUGUGGGUCGCACCCCUGGAUCGAACAGGGUCGAGCCUUACAUACCCAUGUCUUGAAAUUUCUUGAACCCCCAUAUGACCACUUUGUUCAAGCCUCAUUGCUCAACUUCUAUUCAAAAUGUGGGAAAGUGGGCAUUGCUAGAUAUCUGUUUGAUCAAAUUACUCAGCCAGAUUUGGCUACUUGGAACUCUAUAUUAUCUGCUUAUGCUCGAAAUGCUAGUGUUAAUUCUGUUAGUGACAUUAGUUUGUCAAUGGAAGUUUUGUCUUUGUUUAGUGAUAUGCAAAAUUCUCUAAUUAGGCCCAAUGAAAUUACCCUUGUGGCCCUAAUCAGUGCUUGUGCUGAUUUGGCUGCUCUUAGUCAAGGUACUUGGGCACAUAUUUAUGUACUAAAGAACAAUCUUGAGCUAAAUCACUUUGUGGGUACUGCUUUGAUUGAUAUGUAUGCAAAUUGUGGGUGUCUCAAUUUGGCAAACCAGUUGUUUGAUCAAUUGCCUCAAAGAGACACAUUUUGCUAUAAUGCAAUGAUUAGAGGGUUGGCAAUUCAUGGUUAUGGACAUCAAGCACUUCAGCUUUUUGAGAAAAUGAGAUUUGAGAGAUUGGUUCCAGAUGAUGUGACAAUAGUAGUUACAAUGUGUGCUUGCUCGCAUGUUGGGCUGGUGGAUGAGGGCUGCAAUGUUUUUGAGUCCAUGAAGGAGGCUUAUGGGAUUGAGCCGAAACUUGAGCACUAUGGGUGCCUGGUGGAUCUUCUAGGGCGAGCUGGGCGGCUCAUGGAGGCUGAGGAAAGGGUUCUUGCCAUGCCCAUGAAGCCUAAUGCAGUGUUGUGGAGGUCUUUGCUUGGGGCAGCAAGGGUACAUGGCAAUUUAGAGAUAGGGGAAGUUGCACUCAGAAACUUGAUUCAGUUAGAGCCAGAGACUAGUGGGAACUAUGUUCUUUUGUCAAAUAUGUAUGCAAUGAUUGAUAGAUGGAAUGAUGUCAAGAGAGUGAGGAAGCUAAUGAAAGUUCAUGGGCUUGACAAAGUACCGGGAAGUAGCCUAGUUGAGGUUGAUGGUGCCAUUCAUGAGUUCAUCAUCGGGGACAAGACACAUCCACGUUCUAAAGAAAUAUAUUCAAAACUUGAAGAGAUUUGUAGGCAAUUACAAGUAUACGGUCAUAACCCAAGAAUCAAAGAAGUGUUGUUUGACAUAGAACAGGAAGAGAAGGAAGAUGCCCUCUCAUACCACAGUGAAAGGCUAGCGAUUGCUUUUGCUCUCAUUGCUUCUGAUUCCAAUGCACCUAUUCGGAUUAUAAAGAACCUUCGAGUAUGUGGCGAUUGCCAUGCUAGUACUAAGCUUGUUUCGAGGAUUUAUGGAAGGGAAAUUGUAGUGAGAGAUCGGACUCGAUUCCAUCAUUUCAAAGAUGGGAGUUGUUCUUGUUUAGAUUAUUGGUAGUAUUACUUGGUAAUGUUAUACUUGAACUGGUCCAGAAAGUUUAGUUGCAUUUGUAGAGGUUUUGUUAAUUUAUUGGUGAAAUUGAAAUGUCAAAGUUUUGUUCUCCAUAUCUCCCACAAAACUAGGAGGGGCCUUUGCCUUUUAUAUUUGUAGUAGUUGAUGAACAGGUACUAGUAGUGUAGUUGGCAUAAGGUGGAUUACAAUUUUAGGAUCAUGAUAUCCAAGUUAGUGUUGGUUAACAACAAUGGUGGUGUUUGGUAACGGGCUAUAGUGGUGGUUGAGUUAGCAAGUUGUUAAAUUAAAUUGGUUGCAAUUUAUUGCGGUGUUUGGUUAUGUUUCAAAGUGAUAUUGAUUACGACUC